UUGAGAACUAUAUCAGCUGUUUCUGUUAAGAGGUUAUAAAACAUAAACUUGCCGACACGAAAUUCUCAACAAAAAUGUUAUCAAUAAAACGCGGCUUUAGUAAAUUAUUACGCAUAAAUGAAAUAUCGAAAACUAGUAAAGUUGGUGAACCUUUAUCAGUAAAGGGAUGGGUAAAAAACGUACGACGAAUGAAGAAUAACAUAUUCCUGGAUAUAAACGAUGGUUCUUCAUCUAGUAAAUUCCAAGUUAUUGUCGCAAAAAAUGAACUGACUAAGGAUAUACAAAGUGGUUGUAGUAUAUUUGCUAACGGCACCCUACAAAUUGCACCGAACGGUAACUUUGAAUUGAAUGCGGAUGAUGUCAAUGUAAUAGGUCAUGGCAAUAUAACAACUGGUUACCCUUUUGCACCAAAGCAAAAACUUCCUCCAGAAUAUGCACGCGAAUAUUUGCAUUUACGUUCACGGGUAGAUUAUGUGGCGGCACAAAUGCGUGUGCGGCACAGAGCCCAAAAAGCAAUUCAUGACUUUAUGGACAAUGAAGGUUUUGUGCAAAUAGACACACCUAUAAUGUCAACCAAUGAUUGCGAAGGUGCUGGAGAAACUUUUACUGUAAGACCCGAUUCCUUAGUAUUACUAAAAGAAAUGUCUAGACCUGAUAUACCCUUCGAACAGAGUUAUUUUGACGAAAAAGUUUUUCUUAGUGUUUCCGGUCAACUUCAUCUUGAAGCAAUGUCCUAUGGAUUAGGCAAUACGUACACAUUAUCACCAGCAUUUCGGGCAGAAAACUGCAAAUCACCUCUACACCUGGCAGAAUUUUUUAUGCUUGAGGCAGAAUUAGCAUUUGUUGAUGAAUUAUCAGCACUGACACAAUUUAUAGAAAAGAUGAUAAAAACCAUCACUACACAAAUUCUGAACAAAAGUGAAGAUGAUUUGAUCCACUGUCAACGCCAAACGCAAUAUGAUACUAAUACAUUAAAAUUACUUCAGAAUAAUUGGACGACUUUAACUUACGAUGAGGCGUUGAAAAUUAUUAUGAAUAAAAAAGACCAAUUCAAAACAGCUAUAACGCCUAAUCAAGGAUUCUCUAAAGAGCAAGAAUUAUUUUUAGUUUCCCAUUGUAAUACACCAGUAUUUGUUGUAAAUUGGCCAAAAGCAAUAAAACCAUUUUAUAUGAAAACUAUGAGAAAUAAUGAUGAUGUUGUUGAAGCCUUGGAUUUGUUAAUGCCAACUGUUGGUGAACUUUGUGGUGGCAGUCUACGUGAAAGCGAUGCUCAACGUUUAGCGCAAAAUCCGGAUUUACCAAAAGGUUUAGAGUGGUACGUAGAGUUACGUAAAUUUGGUGGUAUACCAACUGGUGGCUUCGGUAUGGGUUUUGAAAGAUAUUUACAGCUAAUUACUGGUGUCAAGAAUAUAAGAGAUGUUAUACCAUUUCCAAGAUAUCCACAUAGCUGUAAGUUAUAAUAAAGAUCACUACAUAGCAAUGCUAA